AUGUCUCUUCUUAACCAAUAUCCGUGCGUAAACUUUUCAGCACCUGCGUAUUUGUCCUUUGCGACAGCAUCGUUUGCUCUACUAUCAGGUGUUGUUGCUUCUGUGGGCAAUUUAUUGGUGGUACUAGCAGUAUUUCUAGACCCCCACAAAGAACUCCGAUCGUCAUUCAGCUACUUCGUAGCCAGUCUCGGAUUUGCAGAUCUGAUGGUUGGACUUUUUGCAGCUCCUAUGGGAGCAGUAUACCCUAUUACGGCUGGACUCCAACAAGCAAGUCAGCGGUUCCGUGUCUGGAUGCACCUGGUCUAUUUUAUUUCCUGCACUGCUUCGCUUCUUAGCUUGACCGCAUUGGCACUGGAACGUUACUUAGCAAUCAAGUAUCCUCUAUUCUACAGAUCAAAGCUGAAUUCAAUGCGAGCUUUCUUUGUCUCCGUUGUGGUUUGGAUCAUCUCAACUCUUGUGACACUUCUGUAUUUUGUUGUCGGCUACAACAAGUUUCGCUUUGUAUUUGCCAACACUGCAGUUGUCCUAACCUUAACUGUUCUAAUAUUCACUAACUCGAAGAUUUUCAAGUAUUUGCGGUGUCAGGUGCACCAAUGGGACAGGCUACAUGGCAAUCCAGCCAAAAAUCUUGCGUUGCAGCGAGCAAUUGAAAGGGAAAAGAGAGUGACCAAAACGCUUUUGGUCAACUUAAUAUUAUUCUUAGUUUUUUAUUUGCCUUCUUGUGUUUGCAUUUACAUUGUAAAUUUCUGCACUAAUUGUGAUUGCUUGUUUAUUCAGUAUGCGAGGAAAAUUCAGUGGGUUUUUGUUAUGGCAAAUUCUGGCGUGAAUCCAUUUGUGUAUGCCUGGAAGUUAGAAAAUUUCCGUAAGGCGUUUAAGAGCAUUUUAAAAUGCCAGGCCUGUUCAAGAAGAUCUACACCGGAUUCAACCAUUGUUGAAUUAACACCAUCUGGCCGCCAUACAACAAAUCCUUUUCCGCCACACGAGUAG